AUGGCAAAAGGAAAGAGGAAUAAUAGUGAUGAUGAGAAUGAUCUUGAGGAACAAUUGCUCUCUGUAACAGAGAGGAGACCAUCAAAGAAGUCAAGAUCAUCAACUUCAUCAUCAUCCUCAUCAUCAAGAACUAAAUCAUCAAGAAGGAAAGAAGAGUCAGAGUCUGAAGAAGAGGUAUUUGAUGAUGGUUAUGAUGAGGACAUGUAUGAGAAUGAUGAAGAUAGGGCCAGACUAUCCAAACUACCGAUGCUUGAGAGAGAAGAUAUCAUCUCACAAAGAUAUGAACGAAGAAGACAGAUGAAGGAGAGAUGGGAGCAACAACAAAGAUUAAAGAAGUUAGAUAACAAAGAUACAAGAGAGAAGGAUAAAGAUACAAAGAAAUCAAGUAGUGGCAGUAGCAGCAGUAAUAGGGAGAGAGAUAGCGAGAGGGAUUGGGAGAGAGAUGUAAAUAUAUCGAGACGUCAUUCGGAGAAGGACACAAAGGAGGACAGCAAGUCAAGCAAGGCUCUGAAGGAGCUAAAGCAGAAGCAGCGCGAGAAGAAGGAAUCGAAUCAAAAGAAGAUCGACCAGGAGCGCAAGAUCGAGCAGGAGAUCAGGAAGAAGGAGAUAGAGCGCGAGCGCGAGAUCCACAUCAAGAAGGAGAUUGAGCGCAAGCUCGAGCAGCUGGACCUCCAGACGCUGAACCAGAUGCGUCUCUCUAGGAACAUGCUGGUCAAGUGGGUGGACCAGCCCUACUUUGAGCGUUACGCACCUGGCUUCUUGGUGCGUGUCGUCAUUGGUCAGCAUCUGAACAACCCGAUCUACCGUAUUGGUGAGAUCGUCAAGGUGCGCCAAGGCACUCAGUACACCGUCGAGAACAAGCGCACGGACAAGGUGCUGAUACUCAGCUACGCGGGCGCCAAGAAGGAGUUCAGCAUUGAGAACGUCAGCAACAACGUCAUCACACCCAGCGAGCACGAGCGUUGGAUCACCGAGAUGGUGCGCGCCGACCAGGAACUGCCUUCAGCCGAGUUCAUCGCCACAAAGAUUGGCGACAUCAAGCGCGCUUCAGAGUACGUCUACACCAACGAUGACAUUGAGAAGCGUGCCGUCGAGAGGAGGCGACUCAAUCAGGUGCCCGAGAACAUCGCCUACGAGAAGGCCGUGGCCAUGUCGCUGCGUGACACACUCGACCCUGUGACACAGGCCGAGCAGUACAGAGAGGUGUCUGAGAAGAUCGACUCGUACAACCAGAUGAUGACGUCGAUAAAGACAAAGAAGCAAGAGAGCGAUUUGGCUGUCAAGAUCAAUCUGAAGAAUAAGACGUUGAACAAGCAGCAGAACUCACAGAGCACGCAGGCUUCGACGGUCACCAACGAGUUUGAUCCAUUCGCCAGGCGUAAGACUCGUUCAACGGCCGUAGUCGUUGGAGAUCAUAACAAUGCACCGUCGUCGUCGUCAUCAGCACAGACUUCAUCGCCCAAUGUCAAUGGUAACUCUGGCAUUCAGGAAAAGGUAGUCGUUGUCAAGCCAAAGGAAAGGACAUUGCAAGAGAUACACCAGGACAUCCAUUUGGACAUUGUUAUCCCAGACAAUACAAGCAAAGUCUUGUCAGUUCAACCAUCGAGGAAGAGACGUCCAGUCAGAUCGAUUGUCGUUCAAGAUAGUCACGGUCAUCAUUAUUCAGAGAGGAACAUGAUCACUGUCGAGGAAUACAACAGAAGGUAA